AUGUCAUUCGCACGUCUACAAAAUAUUAUUAAAGAUAAAUCAGUCGAAAAUCAUUUCAAUUAUUCGUCAUCUAAUAGUAAUAAAUCUGCAACCCCAAAUAAUACUUGUAUAAAUUAUCAUAAAGGAUACAAGUCAAUAGAAGGUUUAGUUGAAUGUAUGAUUUCAAUACUUUAUCACGCUUCAAGAGAUUCACCAACUACGCCACCAGAGAAUUGUAUUCAGGACAUUUACCAUCUUUACGAGAUCAAUAAAGAUGUCCCUAUGCUUUCAUAUGAUCUUUUAGAUCCAAUGCAAGUUCAAGCUAUUUAUAAAGAAAUGAUAAAUGUAGUGGAUGAUUUGGUACAAUCAAUCCAUGGAAAUAAAAAACAUCUGAAAACAAAAUUAGUAUAUUAUUUAAAAAGUUAUGAUCAAAUUUUGAAUUCGAAAAAAAGAAAAUGUGGAAUUCAAAUGGUAUGUUAA